AUGGUCGAGGCAAUGGAAAUCGAUCCUCCAAAAGGAACAAGUGAAACAUGGACUGAAAAAUAGUGAGUUUAACUGUUUAAAAUGAAGUCGCAUUUCAAUUUCAAAAAAUAUUCAGUCGCCCAAAAACUCUGAACGAUGUUGCUCAUCAAGAAGAAGUUGUUACAAUGUUGAAAGGAGCGCUGACGGGAAAAGAUGUGAGUCUUAAUCGAAAAAAAAACGAAUAAAUACAAGAACUGUGGUGAUUUCAGCUUCCUCAUCUUUUGUUUUACGGUCCACCAGGAACUGGAAAAACAUCAGCAGCACUCGCAUUUUGUCAUGAAUUGUAUCCAAAAAAUGUGUUCAAGUGAGUUCCUCUCGAUUUUAUUUAUCAAGGCAAUUUUGAAAUGUUUUGGUUUUACAGAGAUCGAGUUCUUGAACUAAAUGCUUCAGAUGAGCGUGGAAUCUCAGUUGUUCGGAACAAAAUUUCAUUUUUCUCAAAAAGAGCAAUCAAUCAGAGUGAAAACCGUCUGUUGAAUGUGAAAAUUGUGAUUUUGGAUGAGGUUGAUGCAAUGACUCGAGAUGCACAAUCAGCAAUGAGACGAGUUAUUGAAGAUUGCUCGAAAACCACACGAUUUAUUUUGAUUUGUAACUAUGUUUCUCGACUUAUCGCUCCCAUUGUAUCAAGAUGUGCUAAGUUUCGUUUCAAGAGUUUGCCUGCCGAAGUUCAAAUUGAUAGGUGAUAAUUUUCGACCAGAAGUUAAAAUAAUAUCAAGUAGAAUUUUCCAGAUUGCGCACAAUUUGCAACUCUGAAAAUACUCCAUUAUCCGAGGAAGAUUUGAAAAUUGUAAUGAAAACAUCUGAAGGAGAUCUUCGCCGAGCUGUCUGCACUCUCCAAUCUCUCGCCCCAGUUUUGAAAAAUGGAGAUGAAAAAGCAAAAAAUUCAUUCCUUCAUCCGACAAAUGAUUCUGAAAUUGUCAAAGAAAUCGUCUCAUUAUUGCCAUCUGCAAAAGUUCCACAAGUUUUCGAAAUCGUGAAGAGAACUGCAAAAUCAUGUAGUGGAGUUACUUUUUUGAGAAAAGUUUUCGAUGAAUUCCUUGAAGACGACUUGAUUAACGAUGAUAAUAUUGCAAUUAUGGGAAAACUUGUGGCCGUGAGUUCAUUUUUUUCCAGAUUUGGGAAUUGAAAAUGUAUGAAAACCUAAGACAAAUUUUGCAGAAAUGUGAAAAACGUAUUCUCGAUGGUUGUGAUCUUCAAAACAAUCUUCUCGAUUUUCUACUAACUCUUCGCUCAACUUUUAUUAACUAA